AUGGAUGUAGAAGAAAUAAGAAUGUUCAGGUGGAUGUGUGAGGUAACAAGAGAGGAUAGGAUUAUAAAUGAGUACAUAAGAGAGUCGACAAAGGUGGUACAAAUAUCAAAGAAAAUACAGGAAGGGAGACGAAGGGACGAAGACCGUGUUGGGAAACAUACAAUGGAGAUGGGAGUUCAAGGUAGAAGGAAGAGGGGAAGACCAAGAACGAUAUGGCGAGAUUGUGUAAUGGAAAAUCUGCAAAUGAAAGGAAUCACAGAAGAGGUAGCACAUGAUAGAAAUCAGUGGAGGCGGCUCAUCCAAAACGGCAACCCCAUAUAG